AUGGCCGGUGCCGCCAGGGCAAGCUACGACAAUGUAGCGAAGUGGAGUCGGCCAACCACUUGGCCCGCAAGGAAGAGACUGCCCGAGAGAGGCCCGAACGCCCCGCACGUCGUCCUCUCCACAAAGUUCGAAGAACCGUGGUACACGGUUUCCAUAGGCAUCAAAGAAGUUCUCGAAGAGCUGGGCUGUACUGUGUACAACCCGAGCACUGACAACAAGGAGCGCUACGGGGACGAGGCCGAUGACAGGUGGCUCCGCACUUUUUGCGAAAACUUAAGCAGGAUCCAGCGCGAGAAGAGGGGCUUCGUGCUCCAGAUCCAGCAGGGCAUGGCCCGGGAGAAGUCCGACAUGCAGAUCGCGGAGGAGGAAAUGGGGACAAACUGGCGCAUCCCGCGCAUGGGCAUGUUUGCCUUUCCGACCACCAAAUGGCGUGGAGGCGGCACCCCAGCCCAGGCGUGGAGAUGGUUUCGGAGUGGUUCGAGCCCACUGAGGACUACCGGGAGCUGCGCGUCGACGACAAGGGCAAGCUCCAGGGCCGAGCUCGGUGAAGGUGGCCAGAGGGCCAAGUCUACGAGGGGGAGUGGAAGGUCGGCUUCUAACGGCAAGGACAAGGGCCGCGCGGUGCGGCUCAGCGCGGACCGCAGGCAGGCCUGGCUCCUGAUGGACGGCAAAAAGGAGCGCGAGGUCUCCGUGGCCGAGGCCGGGGGCCCUCGAAAGCAGAGGAAGAGAGCGCCGUGGGAGUGA